AUGCACCGCAAAAAGGUCGCGGUGGCAGCAAGCCCAGAGGAGAAGAUCCGCAGCGGCGGCCGGGGAGGGAAAUGCACCGCAAAAAGGUCGCGGUGGCAGCAAGCCCAGAGGAGAAGAGCCACAGCGGCGGCCGGGGAGGGAAAUGCACCGCAAAAAGGUCGCGGUGGCAGCAAGCCCAGAGGAGAAGAGCCACAGAGAAGAUCCGCAGCGGCGGCCGGGGAGGGAAAUGCACCGCAAAAAGGUCGCGGUGGCAGCAAGCCCAGAGGAGAAGAGCCACAGCGG